CUUCUCGUACUCUUCUGCCUUGUUCGCCUCACAGUCAGACCUUCACUUCCGUCGCAAUGGCGGCCGAAUCCAUAGCAAUGCUACCUUACACCAUCUCCUCCUCAGACCACCACCGCCUCCUGCCACGUGUCCUCUCCGUCUCCCACUCCCACUGCUCCGCCGCUCUCUCCCGAAACUGCUUGUCGUCGUCGGCGCAAUCUUCGCUGCUUUUCUCGAACCACUCGCUGCGCAAGUGCUUGCCGCCGCCGCUAAAAGCACUUGUGACCGCCGACACUCAAAUCGCCAAUACGACGCCGCUUGGUGUUGACGAUAGGGUCGGAGUUUUGUUGCUCAACCUCGGCGGACCUGAGACUCUCGACGACGUCCAGCCUUUCUUGUUUAACCUCUUCGCAGAUCCGGAUAUCAUUAGACUGCCAAGGCUGUUCCGGUUUCUUCAGAAGCCAUUGGCGCAGUUUAUAUCUGUUCUGAGGGCACCGAAGAGCAAAGAAGGCUAUGCCGCAAUUGGCGGUGGCUCUCCUCUCCGAACGAUAACUGAUGCACAGGCGGAAGAGUUGAGGAAGUCUCUUUGGGAGAAGGAUGUCCCGGCCAAAGUGUAUGUUGGUAUGCGUUAUUGGCAUCCAUUUACUGAAGAAGCUAUAGAACAGAUAAAAAGAGAUGGAAUCACAAAGCUUGUUGUCCUUCCGCUUUAUCCACAAUUUUCAAUAUCGACUAGCGGUUCAAGCCUUCGUCUGUUGGAGAGUAUAUUCCGGGAGGACGAGUAUCUAGUCAACAUGCAGCACACAGUAAUACCAUCCUGGUACCAGCGUGAAGGAUACAUAACUGCAAUGGCAAAUUUGAUUGAAAAGGAGCUAAAACGUUUUGACUUGCCUGACAAGGUAAUGAUAUUCUUCAGCGCCCAUGGAGUGCCACUUGCAUAUGUGGAAGAGGCUGGUGAUCCGUACAAGGCAGAAAUGGAGGAAUGUAUAGAUUUGAUUAUGGAAGAAUUAGAAAAGAGAAAUAUAACUAAUGCAUACACCCUUGCCUAUCAGAGCAGAGUCGGACCUGUGGAAUGGUUAAGACCUUAUACGGAUGAGACAAUAAUUGAGCUUGGGCAAAAGGGAGUUAAAAGCCUGUUGGCAGUCCCUAUAAGCUUUGUCAGUGAGCAUAUUGAAACUCUAGAAGAAAUUGAUGUGGAGUACAAAGAAUUGGCUCUAAAAUCUGGAAUAGAGAUUUGGGGGCGUGUUCCUGCACUUGGAUGUGAGGCCACAUUCAUUUCAGAUCUAGCAGACGCUGUGAUUGAGAGCCUGCCAUAUGUUGGAGCUAUGGCAGUCUCAAAUCUUGAAGCUCGACAGUCUUUAGUUCCACUUGGGAGUGUAGAAGAGUUGUUAGCAGCAUAUGAUUCACAGCGGAGGGAGCUACCACCGCCUGUGACAGUUUGGGAAUGGGGCUGGACCAAAAGUGCCGAGACUUGGAAUGGAAGAGCAGCUAUGUUGGCAGUGGUUGUUCUAUUGGUCCUAGAAGUCACCACUGGGGAGGGGUUUCUGCACCAAUGGGGCAUAUUACCCUUACAUCCAUGAAUCCAAUCUCUUUUCCAGCCUUUUUCUUCUUUUACCUUUUAUUAAAAAUGUAUCUAUUCAUAAUAUUAAGCCCUUUUUUUAACCCCAUACAAUCAUAGUAUCAUACAUAUGCUAUGUUGCAUACUGAUGAAGCUUACACAAGACCAAAUUUGGGUAGUCUAGGUGCAGCACCUUGUGGGGAUGAAGUUGAAAAUUUGUAUGAUGUAUAACUGGUCCUGUAAUUUGUAUAUCCUCACAACCUCACAAGAUGUUGCACAGAAUUUUCAUGUGGUAAAGUUUUUUGCUCCAAUUUGACAUUGGGGAUUAUUGGUCUUGAAAUUAUAAUGUUUAAUAGCAAGAGAAUUCCGUUUUCCACUCUUUUA